UUACCAGAGUCUUCUGGUUUCAUCCAUUGCUGUGUCCUAUAAUGUGGUGUGCGUACAUUAUACACGGAAGUACAAUAACCCGUACCACACACCACACACAUAUAUACACAGCAUAACCCAACCCCUCUCCGUUUGGGUCUGUUCCCUGCUACUUUGUUUUUUACCACUAUUCUAUAUAUACCACGGAACCAAGAAAGAAGAUAGAUAGAACGACCGGCAACUUUGUGUGUGCUUUUUUUGUCAAUAACAAUAUUCUGCUCCUCCCUCUCACCACACCUUUUUUUGCAAUUUGACUUAUGGAGCGUUCAUUGACGGCGGAUUUACCAGUUGAGCAAGUAGCCAGAGUCGUGAGGCGACAUCUUGUCAUUCGUCCAACUCGGUCACAGCAUGCCUCAUCGUCAAAUUCAGUAGCAGCAACACCUAUAGCUUCACAGAUACCCCGUCGUACCACAUAUAACAGCAGCAGUACUAGUAGUAAUAAUAGCCACCGAACAGCAGCAGCAGCUACACCUGCACCACCCACAGCAACAACUGCGACUUCAACUGCUACUGCCACUGCUACAAAUCAGUCAGAACAAGGCAGUUAUUCAAACAAUCAGCAAGAUAACACGACAUCCUCCAUUUACAGCACGCAUCACCUACUACCUGGCGGUGCGAUCGUCGAUGAAAUAUACAAGUGGACAGCACGAGUAGAGAAUGAACAACAAUUGCGACGGCAGCGCGCGGAAUCAAUCUCGUUGCCUGCAGUACGGCCGUCUAUCAGCGAUCCGCUCUUACAAUCAUUGAAGCAACCAGGCGGGUUCCGGCGCCACUAUGUCCUGAGCAAAGCGGCACGCCAAGGCAAGUCCCCGCCCAACUUUGUCACAUCCAGUUUUGUCGAAUUCCUCUGUUUGUACGGACAUUUUGGUGGCGAGGAUUUGAGUGACGACGACGAAGAAUCAUCGUCAUCUUCCUUGAGCUCUCUAAGUGAUGAAGAGACUAUCACUACCGCUACUACUGGGCAUCGUCGGCAUCAUAAUCAUCAUCAUAAUCAUCAAGAGGAAGAAGGGUUGGCGUACCGUGGCAACAACAUGAUCAAUCGCGCAUCCUAUCAAUCAUGCGAUACUUCGACGAAUUCUAACAGUAGGGGCACUAGUAAUAGUAACGGCAUCAAUCAUCAGCGCAUUAAUAAUAUCAGCAAUAAUAAUGAUAAUAACGGUGGCGAAAGUAGUAGCAGAAGCGAAAGUAAUCUUAAUGGCGAGCCACCAUUACUACCGUUACCAGCAAGCACGUCAUCGACGAGAAAUUAUCCAGUACAGUUUCACCAGCUGCAGGCGCGUGAAACAAUGCCCCUCAUGUCACGAUCACGGCCAGGUCAGACGCUGCAGGGCAAAGCGACCCCGGGCAAGGCUAUGUUUUUGUUACUCAAAUCAUUUGUUACCACAGGGAUCAUGUUUCUGCCCAAAGCGUUUUAUAACGGAGGAUUGGUGUUUUCGACAGUGGGAAUUAUUAUAUGGGCAUUGAUCUCAUUGUGGUCGUUUUUAUUAUUGGUACAAACGCGGUUGGUGGUCCACGCGAGUUUUGGUGACAUGGGCGGGGUCUUGUACGGCCCAAAGAUGAAGGUUGCCGUAUUGGUGGCUAUCACGCUCUCACAGAUCGGGUUCGUAUGUGCCUACAUGGUAUUUGUUGCCGAAAACUUACAGUCCUUGGUCCUUGCGUUCUCCAAAUGUCGCGUGCUGCUUCCAAUGCAUCUCUUGAUCCUUGCCCAAAGUUUUGCAUUUAUACCCUUGGCCAUGAUUCGAAAGAUCCAGCGUCUUUCGGUAUUUGCCCUGAUUGCGGAUGUAUUUAUUGUCAUUGGACUGCUUUACCUGUUCUACUAUGACCUGAAGGAGUUGGUAGUGAUCGGUGUGGGCGAUGUCACUGUAUUUUGGAACCCGAUCCAUUUUCCACUUUUCAUCGGUACAGUUGCCUUUACAUAUGAAGGCAUUGGCUUAGUAAUACCCAUCACGGAAUCCAUGAAAGAACCCCAAAAGUUCCCAGGCGUUUUACGCAGAACGCUUAUGGUUAUCACUAUAUUAUUCAUACUUCUGGGUGCGAUCUCGUACCUGGCUUUUGGCGAAGAUGUCCAGACGAUCAUCCUCCUCAAUUUGCCCAGCAAAGACCCAAUGGUGUCAUCCAUCCAAACGCUGUACUCUCUCGCUAUCUGCCUCUCUAUACCCUUACAACUGUUUCCGGCCAUUAGAAUCAUGGAAAACGGACUAUUCACGACACGGUCGGGCAAGAACAAUGCAGUUGUCAAGUGGCAAAAGAACGUUUUUCGGGUGCUGGUUGUUUUUUUAUGCGCUUGGAUUGCAAUUGUUGGGUCAAGAGACAAGCUGGACAAGUUUGUGUCGCUCAUUGGCGCCCUUUUCUGUAUACCGCUAUGUUUCGUGUUUCCUCCAUUGUUCCAUAUCAAGGCAUUAUCACUUCCUCCGAUGCGACGUGCUGCAGAUAUUGCCUUGAUUGGAUUCGGUGUCAUAUGGUACUUUAAUAAUCUCUCACUCUCUCUACGUGUUGGUGUUGUGUAAUAAGAUGGGAAUGGGUUGGAAGUGUAUCACCAUCACCAAUGAAGUGUCC